AUGAGUCAAAUACCUGUUAGCUUAAUUGGAACUUUACGUAUUUCUUUUGGUUCUAGGACGUCAAUUAAUUUCUUGCGCGCUUCAACCAAUACAAAGUUUGGUGAAGUUCAGUUGUUCCAACUAAUUUAUCUGGAGAAAAUCACUCAAACGGUUGAAACGGUUGAAUCGGUUGAAUCAACUCCUGAAGUAACUUUAUUUCCUUCACAAUCUUCUAUCACUGAAUCUCAAACAACUACGACUUCAAAGAAAGAAAAUGUUAUAUCUUCACCUGAUGAUGAUGAACGACCUUUUUCAUUAACUGGUUUAUUUGAUCUUUCACAAAUAAGUUUUGGUGCUUCAAUGGGAUUUGCAUCAGGUUAUUUUGUUAAAAAAAUAUCGAAAACUGCGGCAUUUUUAGUAGGUGCCGUAUUUGUAUUAUUACAAAUAUUAGAACAUCAAGGUUAUAUUAAAAUUCAUUGGAAUAAAUUUGAAGAAAAUUAUCAAAAAGUAUUAGAUUUAGAUAAAGAUGGUAAAGUUACUGCUAAUGAUUUUAAAUUGAUUUUACGUAAUAUUGUAACAUUUCUAAGUAAAAACUUUCAAACCGACGCAAGUUUUAUUAUUGGAUUUGGUAUUGGACUUAGAUAUGAUUAAAUAAUUAUUAUAUAUGUAUUAUUAUUUUGUUAUAUU